AUGAAAGCCUUCGUCAGUACAUUGUGGACAGUGACCUUUCUCGCGGCUUGCACGGCCAUGAAAAGGUCAAGGUCGGCCGAGUAUCCGACCAAGUCGGGGCUUUACAGUUGGGUCGAUCCUAAUACGCCUGAUGAUCGGAAAGCGUACGCAACUUCUCGUGGACGACUAUGGCAGCUUGUCAUGAGUGACGAGUUCAACGUCGCCAAUCGAAGCUUUCGUCCCGGUGACGAUCACAUGUGGACGUCGCUUGAGAAACCGGAUGGGGUCAAUGGAGCUCUCGAAAUCUAUUCGCACAAUAUGACGGGCACCAAGUGCGACGACGAUGGCAACUGCUACUUGUACAUCGAAGUAAUCGAAGACACCAUCAACACGUCAGUGUACAACAUGUACAAGCACCCACCGGGAUACCAGAUCUCCACGUUCUACUAUCGUGCAGCCAUGGUACAGUCUUGGAACAAGUUCUGCUUUCAAGGAGGUAUGCUCGAGGUGCGAGCCCAAUUACCCGGUGCAGUCUCAACAGCUUCGAAUAAUCCAGACCUAGCACUCGGAAAGAAUGGUCAAGUGAGCGAUACUGCGUACUACCCGACGUGGCCAGGUAUUUGGAUGAUGGGGAACCUUGGCCGGGCUAUCUUCUCUGCUUCGACGAACCGCAUGUGGCCCUUCUCGUACGAUCGGUGUGAGCCAAAUAUAUUCGAUCCAGCCAACCAGCGCAUCAGUGCUUGCGACGAUAGCCCAGGCUAUGGAUUGAACGCUAAUCAAGGCCGAGGAGCCCCUGAGAUUGACUUACUGGAAGGCGGUGGUCUUGCUAUCUCAUCUUCAUUGCAGAUUGCACCUGGUAUGCCCGACGAUUUUCGUCUUUUCGAAGCUGACCCUGAUGGCGUUGAUGCUGCCAAUCCAUACUGCGUGUACACGUACGACUGCAAAACGGUCGGGGCCAAUUUGAUUGAUGUUCCGACAGAGUACUACAAACAGAAGCGAGGGCAUAAGUCUUGGUAUCAAGGUCUUCGGUAUGCCGCAAACAAUAAUUGCGCCAAGAAGCGCGCAAAUGUCCAGAGCUUCACCACCAUAAAUGCAUCCAUCGCUAAAGGCAUCGUGGAGAAUACUUGCACAACGUCGACGUGUCCUGCUUCUCUUGACGUGAACAGCGACUUGAGUCCGAUUGAUGGAACUGGCAAAAACCACUGGGGCAUCAACUUCAAUGGCACGUGCUUUCCAAUCAUGAAUUCGUACAUGGGCGCCUACCUCUGUGAUCCGGACAACACGGACGCGCGAUGUGCCAGUCCACGUAAUGCUACUACAGCAAAAGCAAACGCCAUGGACCCCUUCAACUAUCAGAUAGACGCUAUUUCGUCGAACUGGCCUGUUCACCUUGGAGCCUACACGGACUUUCUUGUUUAUCAGCUCGAAUGGGUCACUGGCGUAAACGGAUACGUGCGGUGGAUGCUGGACGGCAGUCCGCUGUUCGAAGUCACGGCCGACACGUUCUCGAAUGUGCCUCAGAAUGCAAACAGUAGCAACCCAAAGAAACUGAUGCUGGAGGAGCCCAUGUCUCUCAUUUUCAACGUCGCGCUUUCGAGUUCAUGGGGCACGAAGCCUCCAAAUGCUGGCAAGAAUUGUCGUGGUGACGGAUCUGACGAGACAGUGAAUCGGAUCUGCGAUGAGUUUCCGAUGUUCAUGAAGAUCGACUACAUUCGGCUGUACCAGGACCAAGGUGACGAUCUUGACGCGGACAAUUACAUGCAGAUUGGUUGCAAUCCCACGAGUCACCCUACCAAGGAAUGGAUUGAGGGCCACAUUGACGAGUAUCAGGACGAUGAUAACCCUGUGACGGAGGUAGUUGGUAAAGCGUUUUGCAAAAGUGACAAUGACUGCACAGUCGGCGGCAACUUCACGAACACAAAGCUGGUGACGGGAUCGUGCGUGAAAUCGCGCUGUUCCUGUUUGUACUCGAGGUCAUGGGUCGGUCCUCGGUGCACGAAAGCCCAAGUCGAGUCCACAUCGUCCAAGGUGUCCUCUCGCGUAUAUGGCCCACCCAUCCAUUUGGCUUUCCUAGUCGCUGCCAUUGCGUUUUCCCUCACAUGCCUAUCGGUGUGGACGGGCAUGAAGUCUGCAGCGAAAAGGAAUGAGGAGCUCGAUAGGGCCGAUACAACGGCAAAGGGAGACCAAGAUGCUCGAGUCGCAGAUUAG